CUUAAAUCAUCCAACUCAAUUCAUUUCUCUUCUCAGAAACUCAUCAGUUUGCUUUUGCAGUGCCAACUAAGUCUCUUUUGUUGAGUUUGUUAUUGUUGUAAAAUCAGUUACAGAUCCGAUCAUGGCAGAGGAAAGCCAGAACAAGUUCGAGUCCCCUCAGAGCAGUGAGGUGGAGGUCCAGGAUCGUGGAGUUUUCGACUUUCUCGGUAAGAAAAAGGAAGAAGAGAAGCCUCAGGAAGAGGUGAUCGUCACCGAGUUUGAAAAGGUCACAGUGUCAGAGGAGAAGAAGGAAGAAGAAGGAGAGAAGAAGCACAGCCUCUUGGAAAAGCUUCACCGAUCUGACAGCAGCUCUAGCUCUUCAAGUGAGGAGGAAGGAGAAGAUGGAGAGAAAAAGAAGAAGAAGAAGAAGGAAAAGAAGAAAAUCGAGGAGGACACAAGCGUUCCAGUUGAGAAAGUGGAGGUUGUUGAAACUGAGGAAAAGAAGGGGUUCCUGGACAAGAUUAAGGAGAAGCUACCAGGGCACAAGAAGACCGAGGAGGUUGCUUCUCCUCCGCCACCGGCACCACCUGCGGCGACCUCAUCAGAACACGGUGAGGGUGGUCAUCAUGAAGGAGAAGGGAAGGAGAAGAAAGGUAUAUUGGAGAAGAUAAAGGAGAAGCUUCCUGGUUACCACUCCAAAACAGAGGAGGAGAAAGAAAAGGAGAGUGGUGGUCACUGAGAUUGAGACAAGGCUUCUUUGUUGUUGGGUUUGUUGGAGAUGAUUGUGGUGUGCUUUGUUUUCCUUUCAUCAUAUCAAAGCCUUGUGGGGUUUCUUAUCUUUCGUGUUUCUUGAUGCAUACUUUACUUUUUAUUAUUGUGUAUGUAUCUAUCUUGCAUAUACAAAAGCUUGUUUAGGUUUCCUUUUUUUUCUUUCUUUUUCAUAACUUCGUUUGUUUGAAGUAAAAGAAAAAAAAAAUAUGUAUUGAAACAAAUUUAGUUCAAUAAUGUAUUAAUUAUUCGUGUUUUA